AUGGCAGCAGCUCCUCAAGCACCAGGGAGGGGGUCUGUUCGGAAGACAAGACCUUUAGUCGUAAAAACGUCAUUGGACAACCCGUACACUGUCUGCUGGAGUACUCUGGAGAAAGAGGAUACACGCUUUAUAUUACAGACCCUUGAAGACCGAUUUAAACAUCUUGGACUUCAGAAGAUUGAGGAUAAGAAGAAAAGAAAGCCACCUUCUUUCAAAAACCAGAGCAGAGAAAAAUGUAGCAGAGAUGUUGGUGUUAGCGAGGAUAGGAAAGAGGAAAAACCCAAUGAUAACCAACAGGUGUCAGGGUGGACUUCCUUGCAUGCCAGGCAGCAGCUUGCCAUUGGUGUCAACGAAGUGACCAGAGCCCUGGAAAGAAAUAACCUGCUCUUAGUUCUCGUGUGUAAGUCAGUCAAACCUGCCAUCAUCACCUCGCACUUGAUUCACUUAAGCUUAAGCAGAAGUGUGCCUGCUUGCCAGGUACCCCGUCUCAGUGAGAGAAUUGCACCUGUCAUUGGCUUAAAGUGUGUCCUUGCCUUGGGGUUCAAAAAGAAUACAACUGCCUUCAUGGAUGAAGUCAGAUCUAUAAUUCCCAGAGUGCCCAGUUUAAAUGUCCCAUGGCUUCAAGACAUAACUGAAGACGCAGGGGGAAAUCUAGAGACAGAAUCUUUGCUAGAGACAGAAUCUUUGGAAAGGCAAGACAGUGAGACAAUGGGAACAUCAUUUGAAAACCUCUCGAAGGAAAAGAGGAAGCUGACUGAAGGUGAGCAGGCUUCCGCUGUAGUGUUACAGCCCCUGAAAAUAAAGAAAUUAAUUCCAAACCCUAAUAAGGUAAGGAAACCACCCAAAAGUAAGAAAACAACUUCAAAGUAA